AUGGUUCAACGAAAAGGAGGCCGAUUUGGUAUUGAAACCAACCAAACACUCAAAUACAAUUCAACAAUUCAAAGACUCACACACGGAGGCGGUGAAGUGUAUGAAUGGAGAGAAAGUUAUUUUAGUGCUGACGCGAUUGGAAUUAGCGUUCCAUACUCAUUGGAUCGACAUAAGUGUUGGGAGUUGUUGGCAUCGUCCUCUCAAAUUCAACAAACUCCAAGCUUCUCUUCCAAAUCGAUUGCUCAGAAAGCGAGAUUGGAAUCGAAAAGACAAGAAAAAAUUGAACAAUUUGAAACCAAGUGUCAAAACAAGCAUAAACACAUUCGAAGACAAUAUGAAAAGGAGCAACGAAAAUUAAAAAUCGAGCAAGAACAGACUGAAGAUAGGAAAAGGCAGAAGCCAAAUCCAACAAUUCUUUAUUUGAAGGAAGCCUUCAUCUAA